UAACAGCGAUGUCUUGUAGUGCGUUGAAGGUGAAACUCGCCUGUCUCUCCACUGCAUCUAACCGGUGAGGUACCGAAGAACGACUCGCUCCUCUUCUCCUGCUCUGUACCGGGAUCCUUUAAAAUCAUGUCUAUAUUCGCCGAAGUACCUCAAGCCCCUCCGGUGGCCGUUUUUAAACUGACUGCCGAUUUCAGAGAGGACACUCACGCGCAGAAGGUGAAUUUGGGAGUCGGAGCCUACCGUACAGAUGACUGUCUACCAUGGGUCCUGCCCGUAGUGAAGAAGGUAGAGAAGAUGAUAGUGGAGGACAACAGUCUGAACCACGAGUAUCUUCCCAUCCUGGGUCUCCCUGAGCUCCGCUCUGCUGCCUCCAAGGUGGCCCUGGGAGAUGACAGCCCCGCCAUCAAGGACGGGAGGGUGGGAGCGGUCCAGGCGUUGGGAGGUACCGGUGCGUUGAGGAUCGGGGCAGAGUUUCUGAGGCGCUGGUACAACGGCACCAACAACACGGCCACGCCCGUCUACGUCUCCGCGCCAACCUGGGAGAACCACAAUGCAGUGUUUUCUGAUGCUGGGUUUAAAGAUAUCCGCCCCUACCACUACUGGGACGGAGCAAAGAAAGGCCUGGAUGUGACUGGUAUAAUGGACGACCUGGAGAACGCUCCAGAACACUCUAUCUUUGUGCUCCAUGCCUGCGCACACAACCCCACAGGGACCGACCCAACACCUGACGAAUGGAAGACUAUCGCUGAGGUCAUGAAGAGGAGGAAGCUGUUUGUGUUCUUUGACUCAGCCUACCAGGGCUUUGCAUCAGGCAGUCUGGAUAAAGAUGCCUGGGCCAUACGCUACUUUGUCUCUGAAGGAUUUGAGCUGCUCUGUGCCCAGUCCUUCUCCAAGAACUUUGGCCUCUACAAUGAGCGUGUUGGUAACCUGACAGUAGUUGCCCAGGAUAAAGACAACCUGACCCGUGUUCUGUCUCAGAUGGAGAAGAUCGUCAGGACCACCUGGUCCAACCCUCCCUCUCAGGGGGCGCGCAUCGUAGCCAUCACACUCAACAACCCCGAUCUAUUCAUAGAAUGGAAGGGUAAUGUAAAGACCAUGGCUGACCGUGUAUUGUUGAUGAGAGACCAGUUGAAGGCUAAGCUCAUUGCUCUGGGGACGCCUGGCACCUGGGACCACAUCACACAGCAGAUCGGCAUGUUCAGCUUCACCGGACUCAACCCUAAGCAGGUGGAGUACAUGAUUAAGGAGAAGCACGUGUACCUGAUGGCCAGCGGUCGUAUCAACAUGUGUGGCCUCACCUCCAAGAACAUCGACUAUGUCGCAGAGUCCAUCCAUGAGACAGUCUCCAAGGUCCAGUAAGGCCCCGCCCUCCACGUGCAGUUACUUCCUGCUUCCUGUUCACAACAGGAAGUACUGUCAACUGUCACGCGAGUUCUCGUCAAGCACCCCGUCUGUGACACACAUCCUUUCUCUAUAAGCAGUGCUCUAGCCAUCUAUUGGUUGUAAAAUGUAGAAGAGUGAUGAUAUGACACAUGUUAACAACAAUCAAUGGUAUAUGAUCAACGGUAUAACUGGUGUGUGUCCACCUUCUCUCUUCCUCAGAUUACGGAGCCAUCUUUUAAACAAAAUGAAGGCAGACCUCUAGUUGAAGUAUUUCACUAUCCUGACGACCGUUAUGUUGCCUUUUUAUUUAUUUUAUUGUGCCAUUUCCGGUUUUCCGGUUUUGAAAAUGUGUAAAAGAUGACUUUGUGUGCACUUUGGUUUUAAAAAUGUUUCAGAGCACUUGAAAGUGAAGCAAUGCCAGAAGUUGAGUGAAAGUCGCUCUGGAUAAGAGCGUCUGCUAAAUGACUAAAAUGUAAAAUGAUUUGUGUGAUCCUGUGUUCUACAUACAUCGACAUACCACAAUGCUUCUGAAGGUGUUUCAUGUAGAACUGGUUCCAAAGAACAAUCGCAACAUUCUAGAAUGUGUGAAAUUGUGGAUAAGAUCAAAUGCUCUGUGAUGUCAUGUGACAGGCUUGAAAGGUAAUUUAAAGUUCAUGCAUAUGCCUAUAGGUCAAAGGUUAACAGGAAAUGUCCUCUAAUUGGGUGAUAUGCCCUGUUUAUAAACAUUGAGCAGCUAUAUGCAGAUAUGUCCUAUAGGAAAAGUACAUACAACUACUGUGGUAAUAGUUGAACCACUUGAAAAUGUCUGUGGCUCAGGUUCCGUGUUAGGCAUAUACUCGGUGUGACAAGUGUAUUCAUAAUAAAUUAUUGUACAUCUCCGCCCUUAA